AUGACAUCUGCUAUGUCGAAUGAAACCAUACGUCGUUCACUGGUUAAACGACAAUUUAUGAAAUGGAAUAUAGGCGGUCAUGAAACGAAUCCUUCAAUUACUGGCUCCAACAAUAAAGUCUUUUUGCCUGUAACUGAAGAUAUCAAAGAACAGGAAACAUUGCUACGCAGAGCUGGCGAUCAAGUCGGUAAAAUAUUGGAGGGCGGUACUAGUGUAGUACUUGCUCCUGCAAAAUGGCUAAGCCAUAUGCAAGAAAAUUGGUAUGCAUUGCUCAUUGCUUUGUUUUUGAAACCGAUCCUUUGUGGAAAUUGA